UGUGCCUGCCGUUCUUUGACAGACGCUGAUUGAAAGACCCAACCUCAAAAAAAGCGAUGCCAUUGUAGUGUUUCUGUUUACUUCUUAUUAGUUGUAAUUUGUAAUUACACAGUUCUUAGCUGACUAAAGUCUUAUGGAUCUUCCUAAUAGUCUUCGAAGCAUGGAUGAGCCAUCAGUUGGUUUAGGGAUUCAGGAAAAUAAUGGCAGUAUUCCAUCUAGUCCAAUGGCACCCCAAAACAUUGAGCCAUGUGUACCUGACGGAUUAUCGGGCCCAGAAGGCAGUUUAGGAAUUAGUAUUGAGUCAAAGCGCUCAGAAAUCACCGAGAAAAAUAGGGUUGAGGCCAAUAAACUUGCACCUUUAGAACACGUUUUAGACAAACCCAUAUCUGGCCCAUUAUUAGACGAUACUGGUAGCGAUAGAGCUAAGAGUAUCAACAGUGAAAAAGUGAACAGCACUUCAAGAGUUAGACGUAAGAUCAGACGAAUUACUAUUCUAGAAAGUGAUAGUGAGCUAGAAGAACUAUCUAGAACGCAAGAAGUUGAAGAAUACACACGAUCGGUCCAAGACUAUGAUGGUUCUGAGUUUCGCUGCUCAGAUGCCAAAGGCAAUAGGCCUGGAGCCAAUGAAGAUGAUAGUGAUAGUGAUAAUAAGGAGAAGGAGGAGGAAGUUAGUGCUGAUCACUGUAAAGAAGUGAACUGCACAUCAAAGCGUAAACGUAAAAGCAGGAUAAUUGGUCGUGUUGACAGUGAUAAUGAUAGUAAUUCUGAAGAACAAAUGGCGACUGAACCUCCAGAAGUUAUGGCCGAUAAUUUAUUAACUGAAGACGAUGAUGCUGCAUCUGUUUUCUCCACUAAUUCUAGUAAUGGGGAAAUUGUAUCAGAAACAAAGGGGAAACAGCAUAAUUCAGCGCUGGCGCUGUUGUGCGAUUCAGAAAGCCACGAUGAACAAAUGCCUUCCAAACAAGAUUACUCCUUAUCUGAAAAAGAGCCAACUCAGCAAACCAGUGGCAAAUCUGCGAAAAUCAGGCUACAAAGGCAAUUUGAAAAAGAUCGGGAGAACUUCCCGAAAAAAGUAACCACUGUAAAAGAUGCUGCUGAGCAGCGAAAACAGAUCCAAUCAGAAUCUCAGAGGAUGUUGAGGGAGCGGACCAUAUCACUCCCCUACCAUAAGCCGAAGACCCGCAGUCUAAAGGAAUUUUUAUCCAGGAGACCGAAACUUUCACGGGCAUUGCCUGAACAAGCCAAGCGCACUGCUCCUUCCAUAGCAAUCAAAAUGACUAACGAUCAACUGGAAUUAAUAUCGAUUAAACUGAAAGAACGAGAGAAAGAAGUUAAAGAGUUUUACAGAUCUGAAAGUGAAUCCGAUAAUGAGGAGUCUGAAUCAGUUGAAGGAAAUCACAUUGCAACCGACAAUGAACAAAAGCCGGCUUCUAAUGAAGCCACUGCUAACAACUCGGAAAGCGCAAUUCAGGAAGACCCUGUACAGGUUCAAAACCGUAAUGGAGCAGAUUUACAAACAUCUAAUAACGAAGUCGAACCAGAGACAUCCACUGAACCUAUUUCACACACAGAAGCCCAGUUGGAAACUGAGGAACAACCCAACGAAUUAUCCCUUAAUGAACCAAUGAACCAGCAAGACCAAUCAAAUGCUACCAUAUCCGAAUCCAACUCAAUUCAAGCUCAGAAAAGGGCCUCCGAAACAUACGAUUUUACCUUGGAUUCGUCCAUAGAAGACCCAAACACCUCCACCGAGGUGGAGCUGGGCAAGCCAGACUCUUCAGGAUCUGAAAAAGCACCCACUUUUUCUUUCACGGAAAUAGACAGGGAAAUAGAAAAUUUUGCCCAUUCCGGCGAAACAGUCGAUUCGAAAGAGCUUGCACCGCCAUGUCCGGCAAAAUCGGCACUCGAGUUGCUGAAAGAGAAAUUAGCCAACGACACUCCUAAGCUAAGUGGGGAGCAUGACGAUUUAAUAGAUUUGAAUUCAGUGACCAAGCCAAACCAAUUCGUGGAAUUGAUGGAGCGAUUUGCCAAACACGUUUCAUCGACAAAAAAGAAUCGUAACCAACACAAAGUCAAGUUGAGCAUAGUGUCUGUAGAGAGAGGGGGCGACAUUCGCAAAGAAGAAGUAGCAGUGAACGUGGACAGCGACGAAGAAGAUUUAGUGGUUGAGGAGAAACCAGGAGCAAAGUUGCACAAGUUGAAGGUGGACUUACAAAACCAAAUGCAGCAAAAGAAAGCGGAACUGUGGCAACAGAAAGCAGCCAAAGGUUUAAGAGCAGGAGCCCUCACUUCUGAAGGCCAAGAAAAUGAAGAAGACGUUUUAGACGACGAUGAAGAGGAGACUGAAAUGACUGACGAGGAGGAAACUGACGAAGAUCUAGAAGACGAUGUAGAUAUGAGAGAAAAAUCCAGAAAAAAGUCGGAUUUCCUGGACGAAGAGGCUGAUGUUACUGAUGAUGAUGAAGAAGAAGAGGAUGAGUCGGUCAAAGAAGGAUUCGAAAAUAACGCCGUCGAAGACCAGGAAGAAGUCGUAAGUGAGCCCGGAACUUCAGAGGAUAUCCACGAACCAGAGCAGAGAAAGGUGCUAAAACGAAUUCUCAAACCUACAGACUCAGAUUCUGAAGAAGAAGACCUGUUCAACGACUCUGUGGCCCAGAAAUCACUUACCAAUGUCCAGUUAGACUCUACCAUUACCGCCGACGAAGAUGAUAUUCCUUCUCAUCAACCUCCGCAAGUUGAGACUCCUGUUAAGGCUGCAGUGAGUCAAGGAAAAUCCAUCACUGAAUUUCUAACGCCGAUCUCUUUUCUAACCAGUAUUCAAAAUUUGGCGUCCAUCUCCAAGAGCAACAAGAAGGAGGCAUUUAUGUCACCGUUUAAAAUGCCCUUAGACCUGCAGAAUGGACGAUCGGUCAAACAGAAAAAACUGUUUUCCGAUACAGACAUAUUGGACUCCCAGGGUUCACUAAACACGCAAGAGUUCAGCUUAAAUGUUCAGGGGCCAUCGGCUGAAGAACCGCCUAAUACUCAGGAUUUACUCAAUAUUUGUUCUGGACAAUUUACCGGAAUAACUCCGAUCGAGUCUACGGAGUCGACGGGGAAAGUGGACGAAUUCAAAGAAGCCCAAAGCGGCGAAUUUAAAUCGUUAGGCCAAGAAGAUAUGAUUAUUUCUCAGUUGCUGGAUGAAGAAGAGCUGGAACUCUUUAAGAAAAAGUUUGACUCCCCAGUAAAUCAAGCAAGUACAGUUCCGGAAAACAAAGAAGUCAGUGGCGGAGGAGUAAUCGAUUCUGAUGAUGAUGGGGAAACCGUAGGCGCCGGGCUUAAAAAGAGAAAGAACCAAAAGAGAAUUCAGUUCUCAGAUGAUGACAGUUCCGAAGAUGGACUAAACGAAGACGAAGAGAAGAUUGAUUUGCAUGACAACGUUGAAUCUGACAAUGAGCAAGAUGUUGCGUAUGACUCCGAAGAAAAUGAAAUUGAAAUAAGCGAAGCAGGAAAGCCGCAAAAAUUUAAACUCAAAGACUUUGUGGAGGCUGAAGCCGAGCUGUCCGAAUCUGAAUGGGGCAGCGAAGAUGAGGACGAAAAAGACAUGGACAAGUUGGAAUUCGAACUGGGAGACACGGAAACCUUUGACGAGGAACAAGUCAAAUCGGACUUGGAGAAGAUCCACAUGCGGCGAAUGCUGGACGACGAUACUCGCGAAGUGAAGCUGCUGCAAGAACUUUUGCUGGAAGACGGGGAAAUGCAUGGGACUGGACGGCAGAGGCAGUUUAAAUGGAAGAAUAUUGAUUUAGCUGAUGAGCGAGUCGAGAACAAACAGGACGACGACAUUUUCUUUGACGAGGAAGAAAGCGAAGAACAGUGGCGCAAAAAGAGGCAUGAAAGAGAAAUGUUCCUGAAACAACAGCAGCAGAGGAAUCUGGAUGUAGACUUUUUAGGCAACGGCCAGCUGCUGCAAAUCGGUCAAAAAAUCCUGCAAAAGAGCCAAAAUUCGCAAAAUACCGCUCCAGUAGAAAAAACCAAAGCUGAUAAGAGCCCCUUCAAGAACACACCUUUUAACAUCCAGAACAAACGAGGGUCAUUUCUGAACAGAAGCGACCAGGUUUUGAACCGAGUGGCUAAAUUUACUAAAGUAGUUACAGAGGUCGACAUUCAUUCCAAAAAAACCACGAAACACUUCCUGUUUCAAAGAGUUUCUGCUGAUGCAUCAUCGUCUUCCACAACGGGAAAAAAGCGAAAAGCUGCCGAAGGUACUCCACGUCUGCUGAAAAAACUGAGAUUGAAUACCGAUCUGAGCCCAGCGGUUAAAAAGCUCGAUAAACCGGAAAGAUCGAGGAAGUUGUUCAAUUUUUAGCCUUAUUUUUAUACAAUUGUUUUUGUUGAUAACUUGCGAAUAGAUGCUUUUUACGAUGGCCGCUGCGUUGGCGCGAAGAA